UCCCUGGGUCUGCCCAUCGAUGCUCGCCCUGCAAGAGCUCGGGGAGGGGAGAAGGCGGGAGGAGAGGCACCCCGCACAAACACAAGUAAAGUUUCGUGUUUGCUUUCCGAAGCCUGCUUUUAUUCGGACUUGUUUCGAUGUUGGCCUUCACGGAGCCGGGAGAGAAGAGGCGACUGUCAGAGAGUUUGUGCCCUCUGGUGUUCAGCGCUCGGUGCUACCGCAGCAUCCUCCCCUCGCCGAGCCUCGGCUGCCCCUAAACGCACCUCACUUCAACAGGAGCUCUCAUUUCGGAAGAAGAUUCUCACCUCAGCUCCUACAACUGAUAAGAAUAACAGAGAAUAUGACCACCUAUCAUUUGGAGCAUCCACAUGUGAAUAACAGAAAGACAGUUUUUGGAAAAGUCCAGUGGCAUCUGCAUCUAAGAUCUCUCAAACGGCUCUUCCACCCUGCUUACACCCAUGAACCUGCUACAACAGCUGCUUUCUUCUUAGCACUGGCUGCAGGCUCGUUGACACAGCACUAUGAAGUGUUUCCAGGUAUUCUAAAACCAAAUCAGGAACAGGACAUGAAAGGGAACUUGCCUGCAGCAGUUACUCCACUGGUAACAGCAAAUAUGAAACAAGAAAACCCCAUGCAGUCUGUGAGCAACCCGCAGUCUGAAAUUACAGACACUGUACCACCUCUGUAA